UUUUCUACUGUCAUCCAUUCAAGCAGAAGAGCAACACAAAAAAAUUAUUAUUUUAAAAUUUUUAUUUUAAAGUUAAUUUUGUGGAAAAUUUCCUAAUUCUAAAGUUAUGGCAGAUGUAAGAAAACCAAGACUUUACCUCGACGAACAUAAAUUAAAACAAGAUCCCCACGACUAUGGACUAGCUGAUGACGAAUGGAAUUUGGAAACUUUCAAGAAAAAAUUCCAAAUUGUUGUUGUGCGAUAUGAAGGCUAUGAAUUAGAAUUCGAUAUGAUUGGAGUUCAUCCUGGCAUUGCCAACGCCUUCAGACGUCUCAUGCUCAGUGAAGUUCCCAGCAUGGCAAUCGAAAAGGUUUACAUUUACAACAACACCUCAAUCAUUCAAGACGAAGUCCUCGCCCAUCGAUUAGGUUUGAUUCCGCUGAGAGCCGAUCCUCGACUCUUUGAAUACAAAAGUGAAGAGAGCGAAGAAUUUGGCACAGAAAAUGACACCCUCGAAUUUGAAUUAAAAAUCAAAUGUACUCGCCGCAAAGAUGUCAAAGAAUCGGCUAAUUUCGAUACAAUCUACAAGAACCACAAAAUCUAUUCGGGUCAGAUAAAAUGGGUGCCGAAAGGUAAGCAGGCAACUGUUCACAAUGAAUCAGAUAUUGGUCCAAUUCAUGAUGAUAUUUUAAUAAGUCAAAUGCGUCCGGGACAUGAAUUCGAUUUGAAAUUAUUGGCAGUUAAAGGAAUUGGUAAAGAUCAUGCUAAAUUCUCACCAGUUGCAACUGCUUUUUAUAGAUUAUUGCCAGAAAUCAAACUUAAUCGAACCAUCUCAGGGAAAGAAGCAUUCCUUUUACAGAAAUGCUUCUCACCCGGAGUUAUUGGUAUCGAUGAUAAUGAUGUUGCAUUCGUUAAGGAUGCUAGAUAUGAUACAUGUAGUCGUAAUGUUUAUCGUUAUCCACAAUUGGCUGAGGCAGUUACAAUGUCCCGCAUCAGAGAUCAUUAUAUUUUUAAUGUUGAGUCUGUGGGAGCGUUAAAACCUGAGGUUAUCUUUAUUGAAGCGGUGAAAGAAUUGAAGAAAAAAUGCCGAAAGUUUAUUGAUGAAAUUGAAGGGAAAUAAAAUUUUCUACAAUUUUGUUGUUUUAAGGAAAAAAAUAAAAUAUAUAAAAAAA